AUGCAGUACGUCGGUAGAGCGAUCGGGUCUGUGACCAAAAGUUGGUCGUCGAUCAACCCCGCCACGCUGUCUGGCGCCAUCGAUGUGAUCGUGGUCGAACACAUGGAUGGUGAAAUGUCAUGUUCACCUUUUCAUGUGAGGUUUGGCAAGUUCCAAAUCUUCAAGCCGUCGCAGAAGAAGGUGGAGGUCAUCGUCAAUGGGCAGCCCACAGACAUCCCGAUGAAGCUGGGGGACACGGGGGAGGCGUACUUCGUGUUCCAAAUGGACACAGACCUCAACAAUAUCCCGGAGGAGCUGAUCACCUCGCCCGUGGUGAGCGCGGCAAGCUCUCCCAGCUUGUCGCCACGCAUCUCGCCCGGGGACGACAAGAAGCUGCCGGAGCCCGAUUUCCUCGAUAUCAACGACGGCAGCACGGACGGCACCUUCUCACCCAAGACUGAGGGCGACUACGUCUCCACGGUGGAGCGGCCGGUGACGCCCACGCUCAAGAGCGGCAGCGUGUUCAAGGAACGCCUAAACAAGAAACUUGAACAGAAACGCAUUCCCAACAGGGUGGACAAUAAGGGUAACCUGCUGCUGGAUAUCGAGGGCUACAAGUCGAACCAAGAACGGGUGCACGAUACAGACGAGAUGCUCAAGAUGCUGCUCCAGGAGGAGCUGGGCCAGGACAACGAUAUCUCGCCCUUCGUGAAAGAAGACGACAACGGCCACAUCCGCAUCGUGAACCCCUACGAUCACCUGAGCGGGGGCCCCUCCCCACCAAGCUCGCCCGCAUCCUCGUCACUGUCAAUGGAGACCGUGCCAUCGAACAACAAUGGCUCGGAAGUGCAGUCCGAGUACACAGACUCGCUGCAAUCGUUAGAGACGCUGUCUCCACUGCCAAAGAACCCGACGGGGGCCAACUACAUCAAGUCCAUUAGACUAACCUCGGAUCAAUUGCAUUGUCUGGACCUAAAAUACGGCGAGAACGACCUGACCUUUUCCGUCGACAAAGGCCGCGCGUUCGUGACCGCCAAGCUGUUCCUGUGGAAGUGGGACGUGCCCAUCGUGAUCUCCGACAUCGACGGCACGAUCACCAAGUCCGACGCCCUGGGCCACGUCCUCACCAUGAUCGGCAAAGACUGGACGCACCCGGGCGUGGCCAAGCUCUUCACGGAGAUCCAGCGCAACGGCUACAACAUCAUGUAUCUGACCGCGCGGAGCGCGGGCCAGGCGGACUCGACGCGGAGCUACCUCCGCUGUAUCCAACAGGACGGCUGCACGCUGCCCUUCGGCCCCGUCAUCCUGUCGCCCGACAGGACCAUUGCCGCGCUGCGCCGCGAAGUCAUCCUCAAAAAGCCCGAGGUCUUCAAGAUCGCGUGUCUCAACGACAUCCGCAAGCUCUACUUCCACGAGCUGCAGGCCGCCGACGCUGAGACCGCCCCAGCCGAUGGCCAGCCCACGCCCUUCUACGCCGGCUUCGGCAACCGCAUCACCGACGCCCUCUCAUACCGCACGGUCGGCAUCCCCAGCUCCCGCAUCUUCACCAUCAACCCCGACGGCGAGGUCCACAUGGAGCUGCUCGAGCUGACCGCCCUGCGCAGCUCGUACGUCCACAUCAACGAGCUCGUCGACCAGUUUUUCCCGCAUAUCCGCCACUCCUACCUGCCCGACGACGACCUCAAGAGCCUCUCGCCCACCCCCGGCUCCCCCGCCUUCCACCCCGAGGAGCGCUCCUUCUACCGCCAGCACGAUGAGAAGUUCUCCGACUUCAACUACUGGCGCGACCCCGUGCCCAACCUCGACGACCUCUCCGACUCCAGCUCCGUCUGCUCCGCAGAACCCUCUUCCCCCGCGCCCUCCACCAGCCCCACCCCCGCGCCGGACCCGCCGCUCGAGCCGCUGGCCUCGCCGGACCCGCCGCGCCCGCCCAUCGACGCCCUGUUGCCGCUCCAGCCGCCGGGGCUUGGCGUCCGCAUCACCGCGCCCCUCCCGCGCCCCGCCGCGCCUCCCACCGCCCCGGCAGACCUCAGCGACGACGACUACUCCGACGACGAGUUCGACGAGGACGAGUUUGACGACGAUGACUUCCCUCCAUAG